AUCGUACUCCAAAUUGCGUUCGCACCCUUUUGGUUUAGCGUUGGGUUAUUGUGCGAACGAAAGAGGCGUGGUAUAUCCCAACAGGCAGACUCGCAUCUGCGCAAUCGUCAUCUGCUUUCCUCCACCAGUUCGCCCUGCCACCUUCAAGGGCAUCUCUCGUCUGUGGUGCUGUCGAGUGAGCCGGUACAGUCACGGAGCUCCUAACUAGUAAUUUAUAGCCAACCAAGAGAAGUUGAAGGUCGAAGUAUAGAAGGUCUGCCCUGUGGCGCGUCUCUUGUGAAGCAUGAGUCUCGUCUCCCUGCAACGCCUGUGUGUCUGCCGUGUGGGCAGGAAAUGCAUCUGUUCAAAUAUAAGGUUUGAAUCGGCCCUAUCCAGGGUCAAGUGGUUGGAGCCAAGUUUGCAUCUAUCGAGAAGUAUGUCGUCCCAGAGUGGAAAGAACCACCGUAUUGAAUAUGAUACAUUUGGAGAACUACAGGUUCCAGCAGAUAAGUUAUAUGGUGCUCAGACUGUCAGGUCCGUCAUGAAUUUUCCAAUUGGAGGCCCUACAGAGAGAAUGCCUCUCCCUGUGAUAAAAGCAUUUGGUAUAUUGAAGAAGGCAGCUGCAGAAGUGAAUAAACAAUAUGGACUGGAUCCAAAGCUAGCAGACACUAUAAGCAAAGCAGCUGAUGAGCUGAUAGAUGGGAGUCUGUAUGAAGAGCACUUUCCACUAGUGAUCUGGCAAACUGGAUCUGGAACCCAGAGCAAUAUGAAUGUGAAUGAGGUGAUCAGUAACAGGGCAAUCCAAAUGUUGGGAGGAGAAUUGGGGAGCAAGAAGCCCAUCCACCCAAAUGACCAUGUCAAUAAGAGUCAGAGCUCAAAUGACACCUUCCCCACUGCUAUGCAUGUGGCUGUCGCAAUGGAAAUUCAUUCAGCUCUUCUCCCUGGCCUAGAAGCUCUCCAUAAAGCACUGUGUGACAAAUCAAAGGAAUUUGCUGACAUCAUCAAGAUUGGUCGAACCCACUUACAGGAUGCCACACCUCUGACCUUGGGGCAAGAAUUCAGUGGUUAUGCCCAGCAGGUUGAGUUUGGGAUUGAACGAAUCAAAGCCACACUCCCUCGCCUCUAUUAUUUGGCAAUCGGUGGAACUGCUGUUGGCACAGGAUUGAACACAAGAAUUGGAUUUGCUGAAAAAGUCUCAGCCAAGAUUUCAGAGCUGACUGGACUUCCCUUCCAGUCAGCUCCAAAUAAAUUUGAAGCUCUGGCAUCCCAUGAUGCAAUGGUUGAAGUGUCUGGAGCUUUGAAUGUCAUUGCAUGUUCAAUGAUGAAGAUUGCAAAUGACAUUCGGCUCCUAGGCUCAGGUCCUCGGUCGGGACUCGGGGAGCUCUCACUGCCUGAAAAUGAACCUGGCAGCAGUAUCAUGCCUGGAAAGGUAAAUCCUACACAGUGUGAAGCCAUCACUAUGGUUGCUGCUCAGGUCAUGGGAAAUCAUGUUGCUGUCACUGUUGGUGGAAGCAAUGGACAUUUUGAACUGAAUGUCUUCAAGCCACUCAUUGUCUCCAAUGUCCUCAGAUCUAUUCGUCUGAUUGGAGAUAGUUCCAAGGCGUUUACUAAGAACUGUGUCGUUGGGAUUGAGGCUAACAAGGAUCGAAUCAAGACACUGGUUGCAAACAGUCUCAUGCUGGUCACUGCCCUAAAUCCUCACAUUGGAUACGACAAAGCUGCCAAGAUCGCCAAGACAGCCCACAAACAGGGCACAACUCUGAAGGAGACUGCACUUGCUUUGGGGUACCUGACAGAGGAACAAUUUGAUAAGUCAAACAUCGACCUCCUCGGUCACUCAUCGACCACCGCUUCAUCCGCCCACCGAUCCUCCCUUCCCUUCGCUCCACCUCCGACCCGCAAGAUGGUCCAAGUAUCCUCGGCCAAACUGAAGAGCCCCGUGGACGCGGAGCGAGAGAGACAGACGAAACAAUUCCAGGAACCUUGGAUGAAUCGUUGCUUCUCGCAGGUCUCCUUUCCCAAUCCUCGAUGCGAGAAGAUAUUGGAGAAAGUGAACUCCGUGUUGGUGAGACGGAUUCGAGGCCAGAUGGAGUCCAUCCCAAAGCAACAGGCCUUGUUCCUGCUCCUCGGCAAGGACUUCGCCUUGCAGCAUUUCCCGCACAUGAACUACGACCCUUCCGUCCUGGAGCCGCCGAAGAUGACGGCCAAGGACCGGGAACGAUACAUGACCCAGAUGCAGGAAUACCUGGAAAAAGAAGUCAAGGAAUCCUGGAAGGAAUGCGGAUACCCCGAGGACAUCGCCAACUACGAAGGAGACGAUGACCUCGGCGAAUUCGUCCAUCAGGUCCGGCAAGUGUUCCGCAACGGGAUGGAGGAACACGUCCAGAAGGAAAUGGAAGUGUUUCAGAGAAAGAAGAGAAGUGCUCCGACAUCAGGUCGAGGUCGUCUGGUGAACCCAGAAGAUCCAUUCUACGUCCAGCAAUCCGAGGUCAUCGGCAACACCAUCGUGACCUUGAUGAAGGCCGACCCCUCGCAGAAAGAUCCCAUAUUCAAACAGUUCAAGGAGAAGGUCCAGCUCCUGCCGAACCCGAUGAGGCAGGUAUUGUGGCUGGAAUGCUUGAUCUCCCAAGAGCACAAGGGGAACCUGCGAGGCACCCUGGAAGAGCUGGAGACGCAGCUGAAGGAGACCUACAGAAAGCCCCUGCGAGAGAAGGUGAAAUCGUUGCAGAUCGGCCGCGCCACCCGGAGCCCCGACUGGAGGGAGAUCGACAAGAAAGUCAUCGAGGUGUACGAGCGGUCCCCGGGCUUGAAGAACCUGGACGACGACGAGCACAUGAUUCAGACCUCUCGGGUCAUGAAUAUUUUCCACGUUCUCAAUGGCCGCUCCCCCACGUACCUGGCGUUUUGGCUCUGUCCUCUUCAAAGGACGUAUGGGAAAUACCUGGAGGAACAAAACGACGACGACAUGCUGAAGCUGGCUGUAUAUCUGGAUCUCGUGGACAAGCAUGUGAAACCCAAACCGAGAGAAGUGUUUAAUCUGGCGGAUAAGGUGAUCGAAGCCCUGUCGGAACAGGAUCACGAUUACCUGAGGCACCUCAAUACCACCCAGCAGAACAAGGUGAAACCCAACGUAAAGGAUUUCCCACCCGAGAUGCUGCUGAAGGACACGGGAAAGAGCGAAAAACUGCACGAGAGGCUUCUCGCAUCCGACGAAGUCCCCGAAUCCCAGCUGGACCUAUUCACCGACCCGGCCCUCUUCAUCCGCAAGUGGAUCUGGGAGGGAUUCGUGGACGUCCUCGGCUCCAACGCCAUCCUCCUCACCUGGGAUCAGCUCUUCCUAAGGGAAUGGGGUCCCAAGGCUAUCGUCACCGUUGCCUUGGCCAUCUUGGGGCUCAUCAAGCCCUGGAUGCUCCGAGCCACUGGAUACAGCGGAGUCCGAAAAGUAUUUUUAGAGGAGCCGGCGAAUCUGUACACGACGGACGUGAGACGAGCAUACCAGCACCUGUGGGGAGGCGGGAGUCUCGUCGGGUUACCGGAAAACAAGAACUUCAUCCCCCCGAAGGUAGCGCCUCCACCGCCGCCACCUCCCCCCCAACCGGUACCAGUAGCCCCGCCCAAGCCUCCGACUCCGAAGCCUCCUUCCCCGCGUCCCAUGCCCGUCCCCGUCCCGGCGCCCAUCCCCUUCGACAUCAACCUGGACUCCGACGAGGAAGAAGCGGAGCCCUUGCCCCUGCCGGAACCACCGCCGGACUCGGAGUCGGAGGAGGAGGAGCCGCCGCCUCCACCUCCUCCCCCGCCCAAGCCCCCCACGCCUCCUCCGUCCGACGAAAUCGUGCCUUGGGUCCCGUAUAGUAAGUCUAAAUGGGAGAAGUCGAAGCCGGAGCCGAGUGCCGUCACGAAGCCUUUCGACCUCUACAUCGACGGCGUUCGGUUCCUUCCCGAUAACAUCGCCUUCUGCAAGGUUACGGGGCGGUUCUUCAACGUGCACAUCGGCGGGGAGAACGAAAAGCUGCCGGAUAUCUUGGUCCUUCCCGACCUGGAUUCCAACAAUCGAUGCCCCAAGUUGAAGUUCAAAGUCCCCGUGAAUUUGGACGGAGUCAUCAUCAACCCCGAUCUCACCUGCAUGCUUCGAGUCUGGGGGUACGAGACCCACACGAAGCGGGCGGUCGUGGUCGGGUCGUGCCUCGUCGGGUUCUUCAACUCGAGGGCGGCGAAGCCCCUGUUGUUGGUCGGGGGCAUGCAGAGACGGCUGCAUGCCGGAUUGCCCUCGCCGGAUUCCGGACUCAUGACGAAUCUGUCGGUCGAUGAUCUCGAUAAAAAUCCUUACAUCCCGGGUGUCACUCUUCUCGUUCGAAUCCUUCCUCAUAGCCAGGACUACGUGACAGCCCCCACAUACGAGUCCAUGUACUACGACUCCGCCGAGGCCUCCCCGAACAAGUCGGAGGAACGCCUCUACGUCCACUACAUGUCGAAGCCGGACCUGAAGCAGACGGUGAAGGAGAAGGCGGUGAAGGCGAUCGAGAAGGCGCCGCAGGACCCGAAGGAGCUGCAGAAGGCGAUGCUGGGGAGGCUGGAGCUGAAGCAGAACCAGGUCGGGCUGCCGCAGGACAUGGACAUCGACCGGUUCGUUCAGUACGAUCAGGCCAAGGGGCUUUACGUCUUGGUGGAACAGGCCUUCGGUCUCGCUCUGUAUCACGACAACCGUUUCACGCAAGCGUUCGUUCACAUCCUGGGUCCUCACGAACUGCGUAAUUUCCUAUCUGCGAGCGGCGACGAGACGCGAUACAUCACCCAGAGUCUGGACUUCAAGAGCCCCGUGCGGGCCCCGAAGUGGCUGGACAAGGCCCGUCCCCUUCGACCUCCGUACGACGAGGGGACGCUCCUCCUCGUGCGCCUCUAUGGGAUCCCGGUGUCGUAUAAGCCCAAGGCGGGGCCGGGGACGGGCACCGUCUCGCAUCGAGAGGGGAAGAGCUUCGAGAUCAAAUUGGACCUCUCGAUGGGAUGGAUCGCCGUGCCGGUCUUCGGCGCCAAUUGCGUCAUUCAGAGCAACUACUCGUUGCCCCUAUUCAAAGGGGCGAUCCCCCUGGAAUUCCUGGUGGAUCUGGCAAAGGAGGGAAGUCGAGAUCCCGUCCCCGUGUACCGAAAGGCAUUACAGGCGGGGAAGCUGAAGCCCCACGAGGGGACGUCGAUCGACCUGUCGGUGUGGGACGGGCGAUUCUCGGGGAACGAGGCGGCCGGGAGCGACAUCACGCACUGGGAGAGGCCGUACGUGCCGAACGAGGGGUCGCAGUUGGGACCGAACGCGGACGUCUUGGACGGGGUCGGGUUGAGGGAUAAAGCGGCGAAGAUGAGGGCGCCGGGCUCGCUGAGUAAGAUGCCGGGAUUGCAUUCGUUGGUGCUGGAGAUGCAGGAUCAGGAGACGAAGAAGAAGGGGGCGGUCGGGAGUCUCUACGAGAAGGAGAGACUCCACGAGUGCGUGUUUCUGACGACAGACCGAGGCGUUGAAGAAGGCGGGGCAGAGGCCCCUGGACAUGAAUUGACCCGGAUCGAGAGAGGCUCAUUCCGAGAUCGCAUCCGUGAUCCAAGGGAGACAGUGACGGACCCUCGUGUAGACGCCGGGGAGAUUGGGCCUGGCACAGCGAAUUCCUGCCGAUACGCGCCUCCCUCUCGCACGAACAUCGGAAUCUUUGCCUCCUUUGAGAAUGCCGGCGCAGAAUUGACCGUCUUUGAUCCGAAAGUAGCCUUUCAUCAGCUUCGAGCACCUUUCGUUGUCCACUAUGGGAACGGCCUCCUUGACGCGAUAGAAGUCACUUUUGGUCCUGUCCUGCCCGUCUGUCUCUCAAUGCUUCUGUCCGCGAUUAGCUUGCUACCAAGGUACGUGGAGUGUAUAGAACGCGUGGAGGAGAGGAGGUUACAAAAAUUCUUUCGUGACCUUCGCCCUCCGUAUGAGGAUGGGAGGACACUCCUCGUGCAUCUCUGUGGAAACCAGGUGUCUCCAGCCCAAGGCGUGGCAGGGAAAGACACCGUCUCACAUCGAGAGGGGAAGAGCUUCGAGAUAAAAUUGGAGCUCUUGAUGGGAUGGGUCGCCGUGCUAGUCUUCGACGCCAAUUGCGUCAUUCAUGUACAGAAGCAACCAUACGGGAUACCAUUCUCCCUCCAGAGACGGCGCAAGCGUCAAGAUCAACAAUUCGCCCUCGCCUCCAGAUAUGGCGCCAGCGACAGCGUCAUCGAUGGCGCCCUGAACGGGAGCCUCCGUUCGUCAUCCCCAUUGGUGGCACUAGAGAACCUCUAA